GUCCAGUCCUAGUCAGAGGUGGCUUGCAGCGCUUGGUUCCCUCAGCUCCCGUAGCUCUGGCGGAGUCUGCGCGAUGGGCGACCCCGAGAGGCCGGAAGAGGCCAGGCCAGAGCUGGAUGAGCGGUUGUCUUCAGAUUCCAAAGAAAAUGAAGCAAAGUCCGAUGAAGAACCGCUCCUAAGGAAGAGUUCUCGCCGGUUUGUCAUUUUUCCUAUCCAGUACCCUGAUAUUUGGAAAAUGUAUAAACAGGCACAGGCGUCCUUCUGGACAGCGGAAGAGGUUGACUUAUCAAAGGACCUCCCUCACUGGAACAAGCUUAAACCAGAUGAGAAGUAUUUUAUUUCUCAUAUCUUAGCCUUUUUUGCAGCCAGUGAUGGAAUUGUAAAUGAAAAUUUGGUGGAGCGAUUUAGUCAGGAGGUGCAGGUUCCAGAAGCUCGCUGUUUUUAUGGCUUUCAAAUUCUCAUCGAGAAUGUUCACUCAGAGAUGUACAGUUUGCUAAUAGACACUUACAUCAGAGAUCCCAAGAAAAGGGAAUUUUUAUUUAAUGCAAUUGAAACAAUGCCAUAUGUUAAGAAAAAAGCAGAUUGGGCCUUGAGGUGGAUAGCAGAUAGAAAAUCUACUUUUGGGGAAAGGAUAGUGGCCUUUGCUGCUGUAGAAGGAAUUUUCUUCUCGGGAUCUUUUGCUGCAAUAUUCUGGUUAAAGAAAAGAGGUCUUAUGCCUGGACUCACCUUUUCCAAUGAACUCAUCAGCAGAGAUGAAGGGCUUCACUGUGACUUUGCUUGCCUCAUGUUUCAAUACUUAGUAAACAAACCUUCAGAAAAAAGGGUCAGGGAGAUCAUUGUUAAUGCUGUUGAAAUUGAGCAGGAGUUUUUAACAGAAGCCUUGCCAGUUGGCCUCAUUGGAAUGAACUGUGUUUUGAUGAAACAGUAUAUUGAGUUUGUAGCUGACAGAUUAUUUGUGGAACUUGGAUUCUCAAAGGUUUUUCAUGCAGAAAAUCCCUUUGAUUUUAUGGAAAACAUUUCUUUAGAAGGGAAAACAAAUUUCUUUGAGAAACGAGUUUCAGAGUAUCAGCGUUUUGCAGUGAUGGCAGAAACCACAGAUAAUGUCUUCACCUUGGAUGCAGAUUUUUGAAACCCUCCCCUUAUCUAAACCUGUCAUUGAGAAUGGAGACCAGCCUGGGCUGAAGAAAGAUCAAGUGCUGAACCAUUUGGAAUCCCGCUUUGUCCAAACUCUGUCCACGCGGGACACAGAGGUAGAGGAGUGGUGAAGAUUCCACGUGGCAGGAAUCUUCACCGGCCCCGAGCAUUCCCUGGUGGAUCACAGGAGGUCGUUGGAGCAGGGAGUCUGCAGGCUUUGAAUACAGCAAAGGCAAUAAAGUUGCCGCAUAGUCUACAAACAAGUCUUUGAAAAUAGGUGAAUUUCUAGCUCUCUGUGGUCCUGAGAAUUGGUUUUAAUCUUUACCAACAAUGAAGAAGUGAAUUUGCUGCAUAUUUGUCACCAGCACUGGUUUUUGUUUGUUUGUUUUUCUGCUUAAUUUCAAAGAUACGAUACAGUUAUAUUGGGCAGUUGGGGAGGGGGCAGCUCACCAUUAAAAAGGAUCAUUAAAUAUAUUUGAAAUAGCAGAAAGUUAAGUAAUUUUUAAUAUAUAGUUAAACUAAAGCAAUACUUAAAUAGGACUAAUAACUGAAGAGAUUUUUCUGAUCACUAAAUCAUAUUUGGCAGUUAUUGCAAGUUGCCUGCAGAGAGGGCUGUGAUACUGUGUUUUGAGCCAUAGGAGGUGGGGUGCACAUCUGCACGUGCGUGCAUGCGUAUCUUUUGCCCUCUCUUUCUUUUUGGAAAUGUGUAAUAACCCUUUUGAGAUAGCUUAUUUUGUCAAUUAAUUAGGGUGCUAGAUGGUAGAGAAUUUUGUCAGUAAACUAUGUACACACAGUAAAUAACUGUUUCUUAGGCAAAGGUAACUCUGUAUGUUGUAAAACUCCAUUAUAUUCCAUUGCCAAAGAAACAUUGAGAGCUUUGUAGAGCUGUGUGAAAAGCAACUAAUUUUUUAAAGAAUAAACAUUUCAAAGUCAAUAAGCAUACUCUGUCCUUGCAGAAGUUGAUGUGCUGAGGAGCAGAGCUACGUGUGGGUCUUUUAUUUAUAGCUUUCCAGGCUUAAGAUAUUUUAUUUUGAUUUUCUUUUAAAAUGUUUGGAAAACAAAUGAAGAUUUGAUACACUCUUUUAUUAUAUGAAAAGGAUAAAUUACUCAUGCUCAUUGUAAGAACUUCAUUUCAUAGUAAAUGACAUAUCACAGGAUUUGUCCAAAUAAUAGAUAUUUUCAGUAUAUGAAUGUAAAUAAUCAUAGGUAAGAAUGUACUUAGCUGUAUUUUCAAAUAAGCGACACUCUCCCCUUUCUAGGACAAUAAAACUAGGUAUCAAUUAACUUGUUCUUUCUAAUAAUGCCUGGAAUUUUGUUGUGAUAAGUUGACUCAUUCCGUUAUAUUUUAAGAGGAUUCAGAGUGUUAGAAAUUAUUUUGGCAACCUAUGAGAUAUCACAACACUGGUCCUUGGGCCUGUGAUCCACAAAUGACUCAGCAUAGAGUUCAUUGCUGGCUAUAAAUUACUAGUAAAUCUUUUUGAUGUUUUAAGCUUUAGUGGGAAAAAGCCUGACCACUUUUGUGUUAUUAUGAAGGCCAUGGAAGAAAGCAAUCCAAAAUUUAAAUAUUUUUAGUUUUUGAUUUUAUUAACUUUCUCCUUAAACUAUUCACUAGUCAUAAAGAUGUGGAAAACUGUACCGUAGGAGAAUUGUAAUAUUCAAAGGUCGAUAUUUUGUACUAGUAUUGGCAGCCCUGCAAGAACCACAUGGUUGAUAUUUUUAAUUUUAUAUCUUUUGUAAAGCUUUGCAAGAAAAUGUUUUGUAAUUUGGUUUUAUUAUUAAGUUUUAAUAUUUGGCAGCCAUAACUUAGAAAAUAUUGUUUAAUACUCUUUGCUGGCAUGUUAACAACAAAACCUUUGGGAGAACCCAUAAAUCCUGACACCGAACACAUUUCUGAGGCAUUCUGAACAUCAGAGCAAGUGCUGUGACAAUACCUGUAGAUUGUCUGAGAUGUCCUGGGCCAAUUUCAAAAAGAAAAACUGUGCAUACCAGUUCUAAAUAUAUGCUCUAAAUAAAUAUGGUCACUGACUGGCCAUUUGUUGCCCCAGUAAUGACUGGUAGCAUGGCAUACCUACAGUGCACCUCGCCAUUUAAAGCAUGGAUUUUAUUCUGAGGCUGAAUAAAACUCUUCAAUUAAAAAAACUGAUUAUUGGGGGAAAUAGUGGCUUGCAGACUUAAAAAUUAAGUUACUUAA